UGUAUUGGUACCUUUGGCGUUUUUAAUAUUAUUGUGGGCGGGUUGUAAUAGUUUUUGUCUAUAUAAGUGGGAAGGUGGUUGAGUUCUGAGGUGAAAGAAGAAGAAGAAUAAUCCAAGAUGACGAAGAUGAUGAAGAGUAGGGUUUCUAGAAAUGGAAGCUAUGCUAUUGCUUCUUCCAUGAAAGAUGGCCAUGAUCAACAGCCUUCCAUUACCUGCACCACAUUCAACAUACUCGCUCCAAUCUACAAGCGCCUAAGCCACGAGGACCCAGAUUGCAGAGAAAGCGAUCACAGAGCUUAUUGGCUUUCUAGGAAUCACAUGAUUCUGGAUUGUUUAUUGGCUGAGAGAUCUUCCAUUAUUUGUCUUCAGGAGUUCUGGGUUGGGAAUGAAGAGCUUGUGGACAUUUAUGAGAAGAGACUUGGUGAUGCUGGUUAUAUCAAUUUUAAGCUGGGAAGAACCAACAACCGCGGUGAUGGUUUGCUGACUGCAGUGCAUAAGGACUACUUUAGAGUUCUAAAUUAUCAAGAAGUGCACUUCAACGAUUGUGGAGAUCGUGUUGCUCAGUUGUUACAUGUUGAAUUAGCUUCCCCAGUUUCACAGUUUCGAUACAACGAUAUUCGGCAGGAAAUGCUUAUUGUGAAUACCCAUUUGUUAUUUCCUCAUGAUUCAAGUUUGUGUAUUGUACGAUUGCAUCAGGUGUACAAAAUCCUAAAAUAUGUGGAAUCUUAUCAAAAAGAGAACAACCUUAACCCCAUGCCCAUCAUUCUCUGUGGUGACUGGAAUGGAAGCAAACGUGGACAUGUUUACAAGUUUCUUAGGUCCCAGGGGUUUGUUUCUUCUUAUGAUACUGCUCAUCAUUACACCGAUGCAGAUGCACACAAGUGGGUUAGCCACCGAAACCAUCGGGGAAACAUAUGUGGGGUUGACUUUAUAUGGCUUCUGAACCCAAAUAGUUAUCGGAAGCUACUAAAAACAAGUUGGAGCGAAGCGGUAUUUGGCAUGUUCAAGUAUCUACUACGACGAGCUUCACUGACAGAAAGUGAUGCCUUUGCCUUUUUGAAGGCUGACAACCCUGGUGAUUACAUUACCUAUUCUGGCUUCUGUGAAGCCCUCCGACAGCUUAAUUUGACUGGUCAUUGCCAUGGACUUAGCCUUGAAGAGACCAAGGACUUGUGGGUUCAAGCAGACAUAGAUGGCAAUGGUAUUCUUGAUUACAAAGGGUUUCAGCAGCGAAUUUGGAAUCUAACUGAUGGUGAUAAUGAGAUCUGGGAUGUUGGCUCCAAUGGUAUUCAGGAGCAAGCAAUUGGUUUCAGUGUAAAAAAUGCAGUUCUUUUUCCUCCUGAAGUGGAGAAGGGAACGUGGCCUGAAGACUACUCUCUUUCUGAUCAUGCACGACUCACCGUAGUUUUCUCACCGAUAAGAAUGCCAUGCCCUCAGAUGAUCCCUUGAGUCCUAACUGAAAAGUGGAGCAGAACUUUGACAUCAAGACCAGUCUGUCUAUAAACGAUCUAAUUGAUUUGAGUCGACCUUGCAGCCAGCUUGUUGGAGUGGAGCAUAAGUCUGAUCAACUUGCAUGUUGAUGCUGCGUCGGCCUGUACCAUUUUAAGAACCUUUUUGACUGCCAUCAGUGCCAACAAACACAUUAUCACAGGAAUCCCCGAUCUGCAGCCUGCUAAAUAGAACUAGCAGUCCAAAAAUGCAGGAUUCCAUUCUGCCUCAAUGUGAGAAAAGGAAGCUAGCAAAGAAUAACAUUAAGAUAGUGUGUAGCUGUACAUAUAUGUAUAGUCUAAUGCAGAGUUGUAGCUGUACAUAUAUGUAUAGUCAAAUGCAGAGUUGUAGCUGUGCAUAUAUGUAGGCUUCUCUUGUUGCAUGAUGAUUUUUAACACAUCAGGUUUCCUUGUAUAUCCACACAAUCACAUUGUAAACGAUUUUGCUUACUAAUUUAAAAGGAGCAAGAGUUUACAUA